UUACCGAGGGAGGGCUCUCCGGGGCCGGAUGGGACGAGAAGAGGAAGCAGCCGCGCCGGGAAAGCGCCGCGCUUCCUGGAGCUGCGCCUCCGCCCGUGCGCUCCUGUUGCGCGCCGGACGCAGAUGCAGGUGUCCCUCGUGCUGAGCUCUGAGCCGCUGCCCUGUGGGACCACCCAGCCCCCCCCCCCCGGCAGUUGGGGCUGCUCGUCUGCAUCCUGAAUUCCUCUGCCCAGUGUUCUCCCUGCCUCCCCGUUCUUCUGAGAGCACGAAGAGGAGUAUUUUUAGACGCUGGUGUGUUCGUCGGCUGAAGAUAAUCUGAAGCUCUUCUCCUGCAAGGGCGUAAAACUGUGGGAUGAACAACGCAACGCUUGCCAACGAGUUUUCUCCCCGCAGCAGCAUGUCUCCUGCCACGCUGCGCUUGGAUUUCCUCCCGUCGGCAGUGGCCUCCGGCCCCCUGGUCGUAGGCGACGGCUCCCAGCUGAGGGCCGAUCAGAACCACUCCCAAGACAGCCAGCAUCUCUUCCUGACCACAUCGGCGGCCAAGGUGAUCUCUGGCCUCUUUGUGUGGGCUGCCCUCGUCAUCACUUGCCACCAGAUCUUCUUGCACCUGAAAAGCUACACCAUCCCCAACGAGCAGCGCUACAUCAUCCGUAUCCUGUUCAUCGUGCCCAUCUACGCCUUCGACUCGUGGCUCAGCCUUUUGCUGAUAGGCAGCCACCAGUACUACGUGUAUUUUGACUCGGUGCGCGACUGCUACGAAGCCUUCGUAAUCUACAGCUUUUUGAGCCUUUGCUUUGAGUACCUUGGAGGGGAGAGCACCAUCAUGGCUGAAAUCAGAGGGAAACCCAUUGUGUCUAGCUGCCUCUAUGGAACGUGCUGUUUACAGGGGGUGUCCUAUUCGAUUGGAUUCCUCAGAUUCUGCAAGCAGGCAACGCUGCAGUUCUGCAUUGUGAAGCCCCUGAUGGCUAUCAUCACCAUCAUCCUGCAAGCCUUUGGGAAGUACAAUGACGGCGACUUCAACAUCCACAGUGGCUACCUCUACAUCACCAUUAUCUACAACUUCUCCGUCAGCCUGGCUCUCUAUGCUCUGUUCCUCUUCUAUUUCGCCACCAUGGAGCUCCUGCGACCCUUUGAGCCGGUCCUUAAAUUCCUCACCAUCAAGGCAGUCAUCUUCCUCUCUUUUUGGCAAGGGAUGUUGCUGGCUAUCCUGGAGAAAUGCGGGGUGAUCCCAGAGGUUCAGAUCAUCGAUGGGAACACGGUGGGAGCUGGGACGGUAGCAGCCGGCUACCAGAACUUCAUAAUCUGCAUCGAAAUGCUGUUUGCUGCCAUCGCCCUCCGAUACGCCUUCACCUGCCAGGUGUACAGGGAGAAGAAGGAGAGUGCGACAUCGAACCUUGCCCCGAUGCAGAGCAUCUCCAGUGGUCUGAAGGAGACCAUGAGCCCCCAGGACAUCGUCCAGGAUGCCAUUCACAACUUCUCCCCAGCGUACCAGCAGUACACACAGCAGUCCAUGCAAGAGGCUGGCUAUCCAGGGCAGAACGGGCACAUGGAGCCCAAAGCCGAUGGCCAACACAUCAAGAAGAGCAAGAACAUCGAGAAGAGGGUGCUGAUAACCUCUGACGACGAGCUAUAGUGCACGUCUCGCAGGUGGGAACCAUGGUGGGUUUUGUAGGAAAGACCUCCUUACCCACCUUCCAGCUCAGUUGCUGCGGACAGAACUGGACGUCAGAUGGGCUGGCCGAUGUGAGAGGAAAAUGGAGGCGUCGCCACCAAUCCCGUCAAUUGGCUAUUGCCUCAAGAAGGCUCAAAUACUUGGAAAGUUGGUUUCUCAUGCCCCUCCCACUUCUUAGCGUUUCCUCGGCCUUUGCACUCCAACCCAUUGUGUGAGCUUUUCCCUCCUGCUUUUGGGGAUGCGCCGUGAAGGCACAAAAUGGCGGCAUGUUCCGGAAAGUUCCAAGAGGUUCUGGAAGAUGGCUUAGAACGCCUCCAGCCUCUCUCUUGUUGGCUGAAGCAAAGAUAGUGUAGCGGGGACGACUUUUCUCAGUAGGACUCUGAGCGACAGCUCUGGGCCCAAGAUGGGAGUGGGUUGGGGACUGGCUUGGAAGAACGGGGAAAGGCCAGGAUUGCGGGACCAGAAGUAAUGGUUUUGAAUGAAAACUGUGCCCCAACAGCAAUACAGUCCAGGUUUGGUCCUGUGGGAAGGAAUGAAACUAACUGAAGCUGCGUUUGAAAGCAGUCUACAAAAUGGAUCCAGCUCAAGUCACAUGUGAAUUAAUAGGCAGAAAUCUGACAGAGGAGAGGACUUGGGGGGGGGGCAGCUGCAAUGGCUACAGCUGAAAGCAGAGGCAAGUGGGAACUCCUUAUAGAGCAAAUGAAGACUCCAAGGAAGCUUAAACAUUGCUAUUCCUAGUCUGUUCUUGGUGCUAAAGGAAAAACCUUUUU